CGCGCGGUUCCCGCCGCUGCCGCCGGGACAGAGAGAGGGCGGGCGGGCAUGGCCCCGCUGGCCGCCCCGCUCCGCCUCCACCGGGCCGCGCCGCACAAAGAGCCUGGGCCCGUGUGGCCUUUAAAGGCGGCAGCCGGGGAUUUAAGGUGUCCCCGAGCGCUGCUCUGCGCGCACCGGCCGCCGCCCCGACGUGUGCUUCCCGGGGGGUGCGCCGCCCCUGCGCCCACGUCGCCGCGUCCCCCCCGUUGUUUAUUUCCUAGGCUUGGGGACCUGGGGGGAGGUGGCUCUGUAAAGAAACCAGCCGCGCAGGACAGGGAGGGGAGGAGCCCGGCGGUGAGGUGUGUGCGCCCAAGAACCAUGUCUGCGCGGGAGUCCUUUAACCCGGAAAGUUAUGAAUUGGACAAGAGCUUCCGGUUAACCAGAUUCACCGAACUGAAGGGCACCGGCUGCAAAGUGCCCCAAGAUGUCCUGCAGAAAUUGCUGGAAUCCUUACAGGAGAACCACUUCCAAGAAGAUGAGCAGUUUCUUGGAGCAGUUAUGCCAAGGCUUGGCAUCGGGAUGGAUACCUGUGUCAUUCCUCUGAGGCACGGCGGUCUUUCCUUGGUUCAAACCACAGAUUACAUUUAUCCCAUCGUCGAUGACCCUUACAUGAUGGGCAGGAUAGCCUGUGCCAACGUCCUCAGCGACCUCUACGCCAUGGGGGUCACAGAGUGCGACAACAUGCUGAUGCUCCUGGGAAUCAGCAAUAAGAUGACCGACAGGGAAAGGGAUAAAGUGAUGCCCCUAAUUAUACAGGGUUUUAAAGAUGCAGCAGAGGAGGCCGGAACAUCUGUAACCGGCGGCCAAACAGUGCUAAAUCCCUGGAUUGUUUUAGGAGGUGUGGCUACAACUGUCUGCCAGCCCAACGAAUUUAUCAUGCCGGAUAACGCAGUGCCAGGCGACGUGCUCGUGCUGACCAAGCCCUUGGGGACGCAGGUGGCUGUGGCCGUGCACCAGUGGCUGGACAUUCCUGAGAAGUGGAAUAAAAUCAAGCUGGUGGUCACCCAGGAGGACGUGGAGCUGGCGUACCAGGAGGCGAUGAUGAACAUGGCCAGGCUCAACAGGACAGCGGCGGGACUCAUGCACACGUUCAACGCCCACGCGGCCACUGACAUCACGGGCUUCGGGAUCCUGGGCCACGCGCAGAACCUGGCCAAGCAGCAGAGGAAUGAGGUGUCCUUUGUGAUUCACAACCUCCCAGUCCUGGCCAAGAUGGCAGCCGUGAGCAAGGCCUGCGGGAACAUGUUUGGCCUCAUGCACGGGACCUGCCCAGAGACAUCAGGAGGCCUUCUAAUCUGUUUACCGCGUGAGCAAGCAGCUCGGUUCUGUGCAGAGAUAAAGUCCCCCAAAUACGGUGAAGGCCACCAAGCAUGGAUUAUUGGGAUCGUGGAGAAGGGUAACCGCACGGCCAGGAUCAUAGACAAACCCCGGAUCAUCGAGGUCGCGCCACAGGUGGCCACCCAGAAUGUGAACCCCACACCUGGUGCCACCUCUUAAUCUAGGCCGAGGCAGCUGUGUGGUUUUGUUUUUAAAUAGCUCUAUUUCCUUUAUCAUCAUUUCAAUUAAAGACUAUAAACAACAAUGAAAAAAUCUCAUUGUGUCUACACAUCUGGUGACCUUAGGUCGAUUUGUGAGUGGAUGCAAUUAAUCAAAUAAAAUCCAUUGCCUUUUUUUCCCGUUACAUUAACUGAAGAUGCACCUGAUCUUGAGGCAGCUUCUGAGUUGAGAAUUAUAUUGUUAUCCAAUACUGUUGAUUCAUUUUGAAUCUUUAGACACUUAUCUCUUGCCGAGUAGGCUCUUUUUAAAGGUGCUUUCACGUAGCACGGACAUUACCCAUCGUAGUGUCAAAUAGCAGUUUGUGUCUUUUCAUUUUGUGUAUAUUUAUCAGUAUCAGUCUGAUCCUUUUUGAAGUGUCUGGAAUGGUAUUCUGGAAAGACAGAAUUGGUGAGUGAGUGACAAAAUGGUACCCCAGUAGCGAGAGGGUUGCGUGAGUCCUUUGAGUCUUCUAAUUCCAGAGCAUCUCUUUGACCCAAGAGUGCAUUCAGUUAAACCAGGCGAGUGCUUAACUCUGCAUGGGAAGCACUUUGAAGACAAAAAAGAAAUGUUACUUCUUUGUUUUGUAGCCUUCCUAAUACUUACAGUAAUAUCAUUAACUGUUUUCUUUAUCAAUAGCAAAAAAGGACACUUUCUGCAAUGUAAUUAGAUGUUUGAUAGCGCAGCAAGGAAUUGCCCUCCGAAAGGGGGUUCGUGUAUAAUACUCAUUUACAAGUCAACAUAUAAUUAGCUACACAAAUAAUUUUUAAAUAUAAUCAAAAAUAAAGACUGUUCUGUGGAUAGUAGUGUUUAAUACAUUUUAUAUUUUGUAUGGUGAUUUCAGGCCUUUUGAUUUCUUAAAAUCAGCGGCUAUUUAGCCUGAUCCUUAGCAUUACUUUGUCCUUUGCGCCAGUACUUUUCCGUGCACGCUUCCUGUGAUCUGUGUGGAAACGCGUAUCGCCAGCUGUGCAGCUCGGACUUCGACUUGUUAUUCAAAUAAAUAUUUAAUUUUUUUUAUUGCUCUUGUAUAAUCAGAUGCCCCUUUUAGUAUUAUUUUAGAAGCAUCGGGAGGGUUUUGGCUAAAAUACAGUUUAUUGGGGGAAAACUAGAUUUUAGUUUUAUAAAACUUUUAAGUCUUUCACGGGACCUAUAUUUUCUUGAGGUAAAUUUUGUAGUUCUAGAACAAAUAGGCAAUCUAAAAAGGUGUUUAUCGGUGUUAACUUAAAAACAGAGGCUUCCUUAUACUUUCACCUAUGGAAUGCGUAGGAGGGGGCUCCUGUCCUCAAGCACAAGUGCACUGAUUCCUCACGUGUCUGCGCUGGAAGCUUCUGAGCGCUUCCUGCCUGCAGGCGCCGAAGCCGAGAGAACAGCCAGACUUCUUGCCAAAGGAAACCACCACCUGGGAGACGAAGCCCUGGAAGAGGCUCCACCCUGGACGCGUCCUUCUUCAGGGGCCAAAGCGCAGCCUCUUCGCACGUGUUACUGGAACUCAAGCCAUAAGUUCGGUGCGCGGGACCGAGGGGCUGCCGCAGAACUGAAAUUAAUUGGACGUUUUAUAGGAAUUGAAACCCAUGUUGGUCCUCAAAAGCUACAAGCAGGUGGUCUGCAAAAUAAAAUGUGUUGGAAACCUGAGUAAGAGAAACAUACUGUUGAGCUUUUUUUUUCUUUCUUUCUUUCUUUAAAUACAGGCGUGACGGCUAAAUCUGAACUACUUUCAAUGUUGACCAUGUCUUGAAUGCUGAUGGUUUCCUUGGUGGCAGGUCUGCUGAGAGGAAGUGAGCCAAUUGAAUGAUGCACUUGAGGAAAUCAUCUUCGUGAAGAUUCAUGUUUAUAAAGAGAAAAUGCUGGGUACUUAGAAGUGCAUGUAAUCGAGGAGGAAGAACUGGGCUUUAAAGGGGUGUUUCUUAGAGAGCGAGUCCGCAUCACACCUGCAUCAGAAUCACCUGGGGAUGCUUGUCCCAGUGAAACUGUUGGGCCCACCGCAGGCCAACAGCAUCAGAAUUCGGGGGGGUGGGACUAGGGAAGCCCGCUUAAGUGAGCGCCCUGCGUGGCUAGGCACACUCGUUGCAGAGGCACCGAGGGAGGGAGAGACCUUGCUUUUACCACACGCUUUUCUGGGAAUUUUCAAGUCUUGACCAUUCUGUUUAUUGACAUCUGGGUCCAACAAAACAAACAAACAAAAAAACCCCAAGUUAUCUUGCACGUUCUUUGAAGAAUCAAGUGAUUGUCGCUGAGUAUUUGAGUUCUUGGCAAAAAUCUAUGGAGACUAUUUUAAAAUUCGGUGAACAGUUAAUAAAUAGGCAAUUAUU